CCUCCUCGGCACCAAUCACUGCCUUUAAUGUGGUUGGUCUCGCUGAGAUGUGACCAUUCCUUAGAACGGAGUACGGAAAUCCUGCGCUCCAGGUCCCAUACCUGGAUAUUCCGGCAUUCCUUUAUAUCUCUGGGUUGCGUUCUCCAGACUAUCUUUCGCAUCUUGAAUCUAUCGCCACGGUUCACUUUCUCGACAUACACCAUGGCUAUCGCAACGGCUCUCGCUACCCUACAGGGUAGGGUCAUUGAAAACCCUUGGCAGUCCCUUGGAGUAGCCGCUUUCCUGGUCCCGUUCCUCUAUGUCAUCCUCAACGAAUUCAUUCGGUCUUCUGCCCGGGUAAAGGGUCUCAAGGGUCCUACCGGCCUUCCUUUGAUCGGAAACUUGGCACAAAUUAGGGUCAACGCCGCCGAACAGUAUCGCAUCUGGUCAAAGAAGUUUGGUGCCGUUUACCAGAUUCAGCUCGGUAACAUUCCCGUCGUCGUCGUCAACUCGGCUGCAUCGGCGAAGGUCCUAUUCGGUCAGAAUGCCCAGGCUUUGAGCUCGCGCCCGGAGUUUUAUACUUUCCACAAGAUUGUCUCCAACACUGCCGGUACCACCAUUGGCACCUCCCCAUACAGCGACUCGCUGAAGCGCCGCAGAAAGGGUGCUGCCUCUGCGCUCAACCGCCCCUCGGUCGAAACUUACGUUUCCCAUCUUGAUAUUGAAUCCAAAGCUUUCGUGGAAGAACUGUACCGCUAUGGAGGUGGUGGCAGCAAGCCCGUCGACCCGAUGCCGAUGAUCCAGAGACUGAGUCUGAGUCUGGCCUUGACCCUGAACUGGGGUGUUCGUGUUGCAUCGCAGGAAGAAGAGUUGUUCGAUGAAAUCACCGAGGUCGAGGAGGAAAUCUCCCGGUUCCGAAGCACUACUGGCAAUCUCCAGGAUUACAUUCCUCUCUUGCGAUUGAACCCCUUCAGCACCAACUCGAAGAAGGCUGCCGUGAUGCGCGCCCGCCGAGACAAGUACCUUAAUGCCCUGAACAAGGAUUUGGAAGAUCGCAUGGAGAAGGGAACUCACUCCCCGUGUAUCCAGGCAAAUGUCAUCUUGGACAAGGAGGCUAAGCUGAACAACGAAGAACUUACCUCUAUCAGCUUGACUAUGCUUUCUGGUGGUCUGGAUACCGUUACUACUUUGGUCGCUUGGAGUAUUGGUCUCCUCUCUUCCCGCCCCGAUAUUCAAGAGAAGGCUGGCAAGGCUAUUCAAGAGUUCUACGGAAAGAACGAGCCAAUGUGUUCGGCCGACGAUGAUCAAAAGUGUGCUUAUGUCGCCGCCCUGGUUAGAGAGUGUCUUCGUUACUUCACUGUUCUUCGCCUGGCUCUCCCUCGCACUUCCAUCCGAGACAUCACUUAUGAAGGCGCCGUCAUCCCCAAGGGAACAGUCUUCUUCUUGAAUGCCUGGGCUUGCAACAUGGACCCCGACGUAUGGGCCGACCCCGAAGAGUUCCGACCGGAGCGCUGGCUCGAGCAACCCGACGCACCGAUUUUCACAUACGGUCUGGGAUACCGCAUGUGCGCAGGAUCCCUGCUGGCAAACCGUGAACUGUACCUGGUGUUCAUGCGGACGCUGAACAGCUUCCGCAUCGAACCUCAUGAUAACACUGACUGGCAUCCUGUGCGAGGUAACUCGGACCCGACGAGCUUGGUCGCUAUUCCGCAGAAGUACAAGGUACGGUUCGUGCCUAAAGAUGCCGCUGCGUUGAAGAAAGUCAUCGCACAAUCUUCUUGAACGGAAUCAGAUUGGUGUAUAGUAGAAUGGAAAUUACGGGGGUUGUGGACGAAGGACUUUGGUCCAAAUGGACUCGCCGACCUGCCCGAUUGAGACCGUAUGCAUGGCUGUCCAUGGAAUUCCGCAAGCAAACUUUAUUCUGGCGGAGGCAGUCAU